CGCGCACGACUCGCCCCGUGAGCGACCUUGCCGCCGGCUCCUCCCCACACGACCGCCGUGGCCAUGGCAGCUGCAGCCCCGCCCUCGACCAGCGCAGGCCUGACGCCGAGCACGUCACAUGCCUCGCUCGCACACGCCCACGAGCGUGCAGCCGGCCACGACCACGUCGAGUACGUCCUCCUCGCCGAGUUCGACAUCGACCAGGGCUCGCUCUUGCGGCACCAGUACCCGGCCCCGACCGGCACCGACGACCACCUCCUCGCCGAGCACAUGCUCCCCGAUGGCGCGCACGACCGCCCCGAGGACUGGACCGUCUUCUACCUCAACCAGGUCCCGGGCCUCAUCGUCGACCCGGCGCCGCUCGCCCAGGCCCGCGCCGACCUCAAGGGCAAGGCGCGCGCCUUCGACCAGGACGCGGCAACGGCGACGGCCGAGGACGACGGUGCAGCGGUCACGGCGACGCACGACGAUGGUGGCGGCUUGCUGUUCGUCAUGAGCCUCGUCAGGACCAAGAAGGACGCGAGUGUGCGCAGGGGAGCUCUCGUCAAGGCGCUCGCAGUCGCGACCCGCAACCCGUACAUCCAGAUCUUCAAGCCCAUCCUCCUCCUCGCGCUCGAGGACUACUUCAACUCGCCCUCGGUCGAGGUCCUCGCCAACCUGUACGCGUCCCUCAACGCCAUGGACACGUCGGCGCUCCCGCUCCUCGGCGCUCCCGAGCGCAUCAUCCUCCGCACGUCGGACCGCAAGGACUUUUUCGACGACCGCUUCGCCGCCGCCGCCGCCGCUGCUGCGUCGAGCGAGCAACGCGAGCGAGCCGAGGAGGACCGGCUGCACUCGAUGCCGUCCCUCGAGAGCCUCGCGUCGGUCCUGCGCUCGCCGAGCGUCGCGACGGCGGCGAGCGCGUCGCGCGAGGACGUCGCCGGCGGUGCUGCGCGCAGCUCGUCGUCGCUCGCCGGGUCCGGGUCGCCGACCAUGGUCCGCGGUCAUGGACACGCCAACGGCGCAGGCGCACCGGCGAGGCCCAAGGACACGCACUUUUUCGAGACCAAGAUUGCGUACAACGGGAUCGCGCUGCCCGUGCGCAUCCCGAUGGCGACGUUUCCGAGCGAGGUUGGCGACUACUCGCUCAUCAAGCUCGUCCAGACCUUCUCGUCCCCAACGGCGCUCACGCCCUCGGCGUUCCACCCUCACCUGCACACGUCGGGGCACACGUCGACGCCGGCGCUCAUCGUCCUGUUCAACGCGCUCCUCGCCAGGCACCGCGUCGUCUUUCUCGGGCACGGCCAGCCCGCCGGCCGCGUCGCCGAGCUCGUCCUCGCCGCGUGCGCCAUGGUGAGCGGGUGCGGCGCCGUCUUGCCCGGCGUCGAGCGGCGCGCGUUCCCUUACACCAACUUGGCCAACCUCGACAAUCUCGAGCAGGUCGACGGCUUCAUCGCCGGCGUGUGCAACCCGGCGUUCGCCGACCGCCCCUCGUGGUGGGACGUCCUGUGCAACAUCGAGACGGGCAAGGUCACCAUCUCGCGCGAGCUCAAGCCGCCUUCCUCGUCGUCGGGGUCCGCCAUCGGUUCGGGGGCUGGGGCGGGUGCGAGCGCGGGCAUGGACGGGGUUGACGAGCUGGGGCAGCUCGGCGGCGGCGGCGGGGGGGCGGGGUCGACGAGCGGUGCGCCGGGCCGGAGCGACGGCAAAGAGUCGCAGGACGUCCUCUUUAUGGAAGAGAUCAUCAACUCGAUCCAGGCGCACUACGGCGAGGCCGUCAUCCGUGCGCGCUUCACCGACUACGUGUCGCGCUUUGUCCGCCUCGCGUCGCGGUACGAGGAGGACUCGACUUCGACGACGACGAUCGGGUUCGUCUCGGCGCCGUUCACCGCCGCCGCCGCCGGUCGUGAGGGGGACGCCUCGCUCGGGAGCGGGAUCGUGUUUGCCGACGAGGCGGCGGGCGCGAGGGAGGUGGCGGCGAACGGGCCGAGGAUCGAGGCGUGGAUGAGGACGCCGUCGUACCACGCUCACCAGGCCGCCUUCCGCCGCCAAGCCCAGCACGACUCGCCCUUCCCGCCCUCGUUCGACCUCGUGCACCAACUCGCGCGCCUGCGCCUUUCGCGCGCCGUCAGCCCGCCCGAGGCCAUCCUCAUCUUGCGCACCCUGUGCGACCUCGUGCGCACCGACGCCCAGAUCACCUCGCUCCUCGCGCACCUCCCGGCGCACUUUGGCGGGCUCCUCCCGCUCGCCUUUGGGCUGCUGCACCCGUCGCCCGAGGCGAGGCACUACACGCUCGAGCUGUUUGACCGGCUCGCGGUGCACCCUGUGCGUCCCCUCUCUCUCUCUCUCUUUCUUCCCCUCUCUCUCUUCCUCUCUCUCUCCCUCUCUCUCUCCCCCCCUCUCUCUCUGCCUCUCGUUUCCUUUGACCUCCUCGGUCCCUCGCCCUUAUUCCCCUCGCGCACAGACUGA